AUGGACAAGGAGACAGCGGUCCCCUCGCAGGCGGAGCUCAAUGUCUAUGUUUCUAGCCCGAGCGGCUCGCGGGCCAAGGAGACCACGUUCCGGGAAUGGGUGGUCAACAACCAAAUCGGUACGCAUACACCUCCCCCCAGACCUGCCACGGCCGCCAGCACGGCCAGCGAGGACAAUUCGCAUCGCCCAUCUCUUGUGACGGGUAUCUCGCUGACCAUCCUGGCUAUGUUGCUGGCUCUUCAUAAUCUCUACCCAUCGCUCCGUCCCUAUACCCAGCCCUUCUUCGAGCUGUCAUACUACGAUCCCGCAACCAAUCAAUACGUGCAAGGCUGGGACGAUGUCUACUUCGUCGUCAGUGCCGCCCUCGUCCUCACGGCAAUCCGCGCAAUCGCAAUCGAAUGGAUAAUUCAGCCAAUGGCUCGCCAUGCGGGUCUGGGUCGCAAGGGCUCAAUUCGGCUGGCGGAGCAGGGCUGGCAGGUUAUGUACUAUAGCUUCGUCUGGGCGACCGGAUUGUAUCUGUGGAAGAACUCGUACUAUUGGUUCGAUUUCAGUGCGAUCUGGGACGAGUGGCCCGCGCGCCCACUGUCCGGUCUGAUGAAGUGGUACUUGCUUGUGGAGCUUGCCUUUUUGAUCCAGUCGAUCUUCAUUAUCCAUGUCGAGGAGAAGCGGAAGGAUCACUACCAGAUGUUUGCGCACCACGUCAUUACCAGCACACUCUUGACCUCCGCCUACAUCUACGGCUUCUACAAUGUGUCCAAUGUGGUCUUGUGCUUGAUGGAUAUCGUAGAUUUCCUCCUUCCGGCUGCCAAGAUCCUCAAGUAUCUGAAGUACCAGAACGCCUGCAACGUCGGAUUCGGCAUCUUCAUGUCCACCUGGUUCAUGACUCGUCAUGUUCUCUAUAACAUGCUCUGGUGGUCAAUCUACACCAAUGUCCCUGACAAGAUGGCAUACGGCUGCUAUUCCAGCGCGACCACCAAGAUGAUCAGCACCACUGCCAGUGCAGACCUCUUCGGCCCCUUCCGCAGCUUCGACGAGCCCAUCUGCAUGAGCCCCACCAUCAAGUUCAUCUUCCUCUCCUUCCUCCUGUCCAUCCAGGUCCUCUCCAUUGUCUGGUUCACCAUGAUCGUCCGCGUCGCCUACACAACCAUCACCACCGGCGCGGCAGAGGACAGUCGGAGUGACGACGAAGACGAGGCCGAGGUUGAUACCGAAGCAACACCAAACGGCACCGUGCGGCUGGCCGCCAAGGAUGGCGUUAGUGUUCCCCCUGUCGCCGUCGACACUGCCCCCGGCUUGGACCGUCGCCGGUCGAAUGGGUCCGCGUCGGUGCGUGCUCGUGGCCGUGGCCGCGUCCCCUUCGACCAGAGUGAUCGCAAAGCCCUGCUCGGUCGGAUCGGAUGCGACAAGCCCACGUAA